AUGUCUGCUGCGCAGAGGCGACUUGCUGACCAGCCAUCCUUUUUUGCUGCUUUUUGCGUCUGCUGGCUGCGAUUUGACCAGCCACCGCCAGCGCCAGCGCCAGCAAGCCGCCGCUGCAGGAGACAAACCAGCUUCGUCCGUCUCUUGAUUCUGCUUCCUCUUCUUCUUCUUCUUCUGCUUCUUCUGCUUCUUUUCUUUCCUGUCUUCCGUCGACCUUUUCUUUUCUCUGUUCGACGUCCCGACCUUGGUCCCUUGUCUGCUGGCGUUGACCUCCAGCAUCCCCCCCUACAGCCAGCAGCAGCAGCAACAUCUACUACGUCCUCCACUCCCGCAGCGCCGGAGGACACCAGAGAGAGCAAGCCACGAAGCCGGAGCAGCAGAGACCAAUUGACCUUCUUCCCUGCCCGAGACGCAGCCCGACUCGCCGGCUUUCACGUUGACUCUACGAUAUCUACCUCUGCCCGGCCAUCAAGGCAGCGCCAGCGACGCCACCAGAGACGAGCUGCCCUGCUCAAGACCGCCGGCCAGAGCCCUUCGCCCGACCAGAAACACCCUCACACCCAGCAGACACAGCAGACACAGCAGACACAGCAGACACAGCAGAGACCGACACCACGCCGGCAGCUUACCCUUGAUUCUAUAGAGCAGAGGCUCGAGGAUACCCAGCAGGAGGGCCCACGGCAGGACUCGCGGCAGGGAGCUCGUCAGGGUAGCACUCGUCAAGGCACUGCGUCCUCGUACUGGCCGGCGCAGAGCAUCAGGGUCUCCCCCAGCACCACUUCGGCCAUCCUCUGGGUGCUUGAAGAGGCCAUCCGCACCCCUUAUCCCUUUACUGCAGACCCGGCCGAGCUCAACGCGUCCAUGUCGGAGCUCUUCGAGACCGCACCAGCAGAUGUUGCCAACGGCCGCAGCAGCCAGCAUCACCACAACAACAACGGUGUAGCCGUUGCCGCCGGUAGGAACGGGAUGGGGCCCGGGCAGCAGCCUCUGUCUGUACCUGCACCCAGCACUACGGGUGCCACCCAUGCUCCCAGCGGUGUCCGCACCCCAACCGAUAUCAUGAGACGGCGGCGGGAGCGUGAACGAGCCCAGCUCAAGGCCGAGCAGGAGGCCAAACUGAGAGAGGAGCAGCUACAGAAGCAGGCGCAGCUACAACUCCAAGCUCAGGCCCAGGCCCAGGCCCAGGCUCAGGCUCAGGCUCAGGUACAUCAGUCGGCCCCAAUCAUCACAGUCUCCCAGGAUUCUGGCCCAAGGCAGAGUGGCAGGCAAGAUACCGUCCGGAUCGUUGCUGACGACACGCAAAAGCCUGCCAGACAGCGGCCGAACACCUCACAGGCGGCCAAAAUGGCCAGUGGUUCACAGCAGCAACAACAACAACAACAGCUACCAGACAGCUCAUCCAAACCACAGGCCAGUCAACCUGCACCAGGUGGCCAGCAGGAGCCUCAGCACCAACCACAGCAGCAGCAUCAGCAACAACAACAACAACCAUCUAGGGGUAAAGCUGCAUUUCCUCACGCCUUUGAACGGUGGGAGAUGCUCUCUUCGCACUGGGAGGGCCUGACAAGCUACUGGAUCCGUCGUCUGGAGCAGAACAACGAGGAACUCAGCAAGGAUCCGCUCAGCCAGCAAAUGUCUCGACAGGUUACCGACCUCUCUGCUGCCGGUGCUAACCUGUUCCACGCAGUCGUCGAGCUGCAGCGUCUCCGAGCAUCAUCUGAACGCAAGUUCCAGCGCUGGUUCUUCGACACCCGCGCCGAACAGGAAAGGGCUCAAGAGGUGCGCGCAGAGCUCGAGCGUAUGCUCAGCUCUGAGCGCCAGGCCCGUGCUGACGCCAUAGCCGCCCUUAAGCAGGCCGAGAGCGACAAGGCCAAGGCCCAGGAGCUGGCCAGGGAAGUCCGGCGCGAACUGCAGAUCUCCCGAGACGAGGCCCGGCGAGCCUGGGAAGAGCUCGGCCGCAGAGAGCAGGAAGAGCGAGACCGUACCAUCUCGCUCAGGAAUGGCGAGCCCACGAUCGUUGGCGGCGUCCAGGUCGUACCGAUGCUACAGUCCGUCCCCAGCAGACACACCAGCACCGCCAACCGUCCCCCCACUAGGGAGGGCCCUUAUCCGGGCGGCCCUAGCGCGACCUCAAUGGGAGGCCAGUCCCAGCAACGCCCCUUGCUGGAGACGACUGAGUCAACUGGGUAUGAUGACGAUGGACACGACGCAGACCCCUUUAUUGAAGCAGGAAACCCCCCCGUUGUCCCUGAAGCUCCCCAGCCUCCUCGCCAGACUGAAAGCGGUCGAGGCCACUUCUACCAGCAUAACCGCCAGGCCAUCCACGGAGGUGCCCAAGCAGGCGUCGGCAAUGACCUAUCCGAAGACGGCCGCGCCCCUACAACCACUGUCGGCGGUGCUGCUUCUCUUACUGCUCCUAUCGCCGUCACAAACGGCGGCGGUACUCAGCAUGUCUCUGACGGACGUCAACUCUCCUACCCUCGCGCCAUGUCCGAUGAUAGUGACGACUACACCACAGAGCCGUUUGACAACUAUGUUACCUAUGGCUCCGGGCCCCAUGGCUCCCCAGGAGCAGGCACCAGCUCUGCGGACGACAGUCACAUCGGCUAUCCCGCCCCAGUCGACUACAGUGGAUCCGGUUGGGGAGUUGGCGGUUCAGGGUGGGACUCGGUCACUCCCCGGCAUCGCCAUCCGACCCGCCUCAGCGACGUACUGGAGGAGGACGAGCGAAGUCGUACCAGCCCCAGCCGUGCCAGCCAGACCAGUCGAAACAUGCAAUAG